AUGAAGCUCACCGGGCUGCUCCUUGGCCUCGCCGCCGCUGCGGCAGAGGCGCACUACGUCUUCCCCAACAUCGCCGUCGGGUCCCAGCGCACGUCGGACUGGCAGGCGGUGCGGCAGACGACAAACUACCAGUCCAACGGGCCGGUGACCGACGUUAACUCGCGGCAGAUGACGUGCUACGAGCUGUCUCCGGGCCGCGGCGCGCCCCUCACCGUCGACGUGGCGGCCGGCGGCACCGUCGCCUACACGGCCAAGACGGGCAUCAGCCACCCGGGCCCGCUGUCGGCCUGGCUCGGCUUCGUGCCGGCCGGCAAGACGGCGGCGACGUGGGACGGGAGCGGCAGCCGCUGGGUCAAGAUCUUCCAGGACAAGCCGAGCGUGGGCGGCGGCGGCCUGGUGUGGCCGGCGCAGGGGAAAGGGGUGGUCAACGUGCAGAUCCCGCGGUGCGUGCCGUCGGGCGAGUACCUGCUGCGGAUAGAGCACAUUGGCCUGCACAGCGCGAGCGCCGUGGGCGGCGCGCAGCUGUACAUCUCUUGCGCGCAGAUCCGGGUCACGGGCGGGUCGGGUAGCGAGCCGACGGGCAGGAUGGUGGCCAUCCCGGGGGCGUACAGGGCCAACGAUCCGGGGCUGGUGGUCAACAUCUACUACCCCGUACCGACCAACUACAAGGGACCGGGGCCGGAUCCGCUCAAAUGCUGA